AUAUAUGUAUUGUAAUUUAGUGCGUGAACUUAUCUAUAAAUUGAGCUCUCUGUGACUGUCUCAUUACUUUCUUACAUCACAAAGACUAAAUUAAUGAACAAACAAAACUCUUCCUCUCUUCUAAGAAUAGCUUCAACUAGUAAAUGCCAAUGAAGAGUCUCUCAUUUCUUGCAACUCUAUCUCUCUUCGCUUUAAUACAUCCAUUAGCCAUUGCUUCUGAUCCAAGCCCCGUUCAAGACUUCUGCGUCGGUGUAAACACCCCUGCUGAUGGUGUGUUUGUGAACGGAAAAUUUUGCAAAGACCCAAAGCUCGCCACAGCAAACGACUUCUUUUUCACAGGGCUUGACAGGCCAAAAGUUGCAACCAAUGCGGUGGGAACAAGUAUAACUCCCGUUUUUGCUGAUAACCUUCCGGGGUUAAACACCCUUGGACUUGCAUUUGCCCGUGUUGAUUAUGCAGUGAACGGGCAGGUCCCUCCUCACACCCAUCCACGUGCUAGUGAGUUCGUGGUUGUCCAAGAAGGAACACUUUUGGCUGGUUUUGUCUCGUCAGACCAAGAUGGAAAUCGUUUAUUCGCUAAAAUACUCAACAAGGGUGAUCUAUUUGUCUUUCCAGAGGGGCUCAUUCAUUUCCAAUCCAAUGUGGGACGAGUUCCAGCAGUUGCAUUCGCUGCAUUUAACAGCCAAAACCCAGGUCUUAUCACUAUUGCUAACACCGUGUUCGGGUCUAACCCGCCGAUAAACCCGGAUGUUCUUGCAAAGGCAUUCCAGUUGGAUCCUAGGGUUAUCAUGGAUCUACAGGUCAAAUUCUGACCAUGGAAGGAAUUAGAAAUAUUGAGCAUUUAAUUGCUUUCGUUUUCUUUACCUUUAUAUAAAUAAGGAUCAUGUAUUAUCCAUCCGGUCAUCAAUAAAGUAAUA